AUGAGCAAGCAGAUUUUCGUCAACUUACCCGUCUCCGAUCUCUCGGCCUCGAUGGCCCUCUACGAGGCACUCGGCUUCGAGAACAACAAGCAAUUCAGCGAUGAAACGGCUGCCUGCAUGGUCUGGAGCGAGGCGAUUUUUGUGAUGCUGCUGACGCACGACAAGUGGAAGACAUUCACCACCCGCCCCAUUCCGCCGACCACUUCCAGCGAGGUCAUGCUGGCACUCGCCUGCGACAGCCGAGAGACGGUCGACAAACUGAACGACGUUGCAUCUCAGAAUGGCGGCACGGCCGACAUCAAUCCCAAGCAGGAUCUGGGCUUUAUGUACAACCGCAACUUAGCGGACUUGGACGGCCACGUCUGGGAGAUGUUCUGGAUGAAUGCGGAAGCUGCCGAUAGUGGGAAGUCUAAGGGCUUGGCACUAAGGGUGCGAGAGUCUCUAGCCUGGCUGCUGCCGAGCGCCGUACUCGUUCUAGUGCCGAAGUGUCCAGCGUGCCUGGUGGCGUACGUUGGGUUAUGGACCGGGCUUGGCCUGUCACUCACCACGGCAACCUACUUGCGGUGGGCGAUGUUCGUGAUUUGUGGGGCUUGCCUCCUUUAUCUGGCUGCGCGUUAUUUGAGUCGUUUGGGCGAACAUACGCACGCGGGCGACGCCUUGGCUGCAGCGCGCCGGCGAUUACCGAUGACGCCUAUGGAGCCGGUCCCCGUUACGGGAACGAAGGGGGCCGUUUCGUUGCAGGAGGUGUUCGAAGGCCGGCGAAUGCUGGUCGUUUAUCACUUCAUGUGGAAAAAAGGUGCACCUCACCACAAGCAGUGUGAAGGCUGCACACAUAGCCAGGCAGCCAUGACCGAGGCCGUUUGUGCCUAUCUCGCCGAGCGCGAUGUGACCUACGCGGUCUUUAGCAGUGGUCCGCUCGAUGAGAUUGUCGCGUAUCGGGAAUUCAUGGGCUGGAAGACUCCGUGGUACUCGACCGCCGACUCCCCAGACGUGCUGGCUACCCGAGACGGCGGCGACCUCCGCUGUUAUCUAAACACCGAUGAUCAAGUGUUCCAGACCUACGAAACCAAAUGGCGUGGGAUCGAGGCCAUGAUGCCCACCCUGCAAUUGCUCGAUCUAACACCGUACGGACGGCAGGAAACAUGGGAGGACUCGCCCGAGUUGGUUCAACUAGAUAGAGCUGGUUCGUGGUGGCGUCGUGAUGGCCGUCCUGUUGCCCAGUGGACGCGCACUGAUAAGCCCGUGGAUUUGAAGUGA